AUGCUUCUCGGAGCAUUGAAAUUGAGUACUGUUGAAAAUGAACUUUUACAAUCGGGUGGGGCAACGGAGAAAGACGCAAUUCAGGAACUUGUUAGGAGCUGCUCGCGUGUUUUCAGUGGAAUUUCCAGCUGGAGUUUCUGGAAAUCUCAAAUGGCUCUGGCACAUUCAGCAUCUGACCCUGAUAAUCCUGAGGAUGUAUAUAAAAAGGCUGAAGAGUAUUGGGCACAUGCAAGUAGGGAUAUCGAUGGGAUGCUAGGAGGAUUUGCUCAUUUGCAUACACCGGACAUUAGAGCUUCUAAAGCGUUUAUUAAAAAACUGAGGGCGAAGGUAAGGAAUUUCAGUAAUAUUCAAGAUUUUUGUCUCCUUUGCCAUCUAAAAAAAACCUUUUCUGUUGCCUGAAU